AUGAAACAAAAUUCAAUCACAUUAAUAAUUUUGUAUAUCUUGAUAUCAUGCUCGCUAUUUCAAAUUUCAAUCGGAGAAGUAAUAUAUAAAAGAGAACCACAACAACAACCACCACAACAACAACCACAAGAUCCAAAAGUUGCACCACCACAACAACAACCACAGGAUCCAAAAGUUGCACCACCACCACAACAACAACCACAAGAUCCAAAAGUUGCACCACCACCACAACAACAACCACAAGAUCCAAAAGUUGCACCACCACCACAACAACAACCACAAGAUCCAAAAGUUGCACCAACGCCAACAACACCACAAAAUCCUGCCUUGCCUUCAUCCAGUGAUCAAGCAGUAAGAGUAAAAGUUACUUUUCCAACAAUUAUUCCGUUAAUAUUUAAAAUAGGAAAAAAAUAUCAGUUCAAUUGGACAUAUACUGCAAAUUUUGAUCCAGUAUAUGCACCAAAAGCUUUAAAUGUUUAUACUAUAAAAAACAUUGACGCCGACAAGAGAAUUUUUAAUUUCUCAAUUGGGUCAAAUCUUCCGCCUGAGACAACUUCUAUUGUAUGGGAUACAUCCCUACAAACAAAUCCAACACCACCAGCAGGAGCUUAUCUUUUAUAUAUAUGGGAUGAAAGAGGUCCAUCGCCAAUUAAUACCUCUGUUGGACAACUAGAACCUUUUGUUGGUUCACGUUUUCAGUUGUAUACUCCAAAGCCAAAAGUUAAUUUAGCUGAUUAUACAUGCGCAGUAUGUGAUGGAAAUAGUCCAUUGACAAGAGCACAAGAAAAUAAACCUUAUUUGCCAAUUGCUGUUCUGGGUGGAAUCUUAGUUUUAACGGUGUUGUUUGUAAUCUUUGUAAAAGUCAAAAAUAAUCCUUCCACUAAUCCAACAUCAACAUAUGACAUCGAAUCAUAG